CAGCUGUGCAUCGACGUGUGGGCGUGCCACUCCGCCUACGCCGACCUCGCCACCCUCGCGCUGCUCGCGCGGCACACCGGCGGCUCGGUGCAGCACUUCCCCGCCUUUUCGGACCUCCCUAUAGGCGAGCGCCUCUCGCGCGCGCUGCAGCACUCGCUGACGCGGGAGCAGGGGCUCGAGGCGGUGAUGCGCGUCCGCGCCUCGCGCGGGCUGCGGAUCGCCGCCUUCUACGGCCACUUCUUCAUCCGGGGCGUCGACCUCCUCGCGCUCCCAAACGUGGACGAGGACAAGUCCUUCGCCGUCGAGAUCGCGCACGAGGAGAACGAGAUCGGCGCGUCGACGGCCUGCCUGCAAGCCGCGCUCCUCUACACAACCACCUCGGGCGAGCGGCGC